AUGCCUUCAUUCCACUUACCUAGUUUAGGUGGACACAAGAAUGAUACCAAGAAAGAAAGACGUAAAUCAUCCAAUGUGGCUAUAGAAGAGAAACCUGCCUAUAUCACCGUAUCUGCGCCUAAAGAUGAUGAGAAAGAACAUAAACGUAAAAGCUUACAACUUGAACGUACGUUAUCCCUAUCCAGAGAUAACAACAACAAUAAUGGAAGUUUCACACCUCUAAGUCCAACUACAUCAAACGAUUUCCAUAGACCAGUAGGACAUAGAAGUGCUUCCUCAAGUUCUGGAUUGACAAGUAUAUUAAAAACGUCUAAUGCCAGUACAUCAGGUUCAGGUUCAGAAUCCAAUUCUGGAUCAGGAUUAGCAGGUCUACAUAAAAGAAUGUCAAGUUUAGCAUUCAACAGAACGGAUACAAUUGAAUCCAUGUCGACUUCACCUAAUUACUUUGAUGAAGAUCAAGAUCAAGAUCAAUAUCAACAUACUCCUCAUUCAUCUUCUUCACCUUCGACUCCAGGAACUUCAGUUUCAUCAUUCAAUACACAUUGUCCUUUACCGUCGAAUUCGAAUGAUCAGAAAUUCCCUUUCUUCAUGGUUACACUUUCUUCCAUGUCAACAUUGUCAUUCAUCGCUCUACCUAUUCCCUUUAGGAAUAUAGUCAUUGAUGUCAUCAACAAUACGUGGAAAAGAGGUAUAUCAAAAAUCCAGGAAGUGGAUUAUCAACCUGAAUUAAUGAGAAAACAUAAAGAAAGAGGUUGUGAUUCAGGUGUAUGGGAAAUCACCAUGAAAGGUGAAGCUUGGAUGCCUACCAAUUCAGAACAAGUCUCCUCCAAGAGAAUUCUCAUCAAGUUGAUGACUGAAUUCGCUAGAGAAGGGUACAUCCUUUCUUCAUCUUUCCGUACUUCAGCCAAAGAUUCCGGCAAAGAUACAUUGAUCUUCUUACGAGAAGAACCUGACCCUGAUCCUGUGUUCUUCGCUGUCGCUUUCUACUCUCACGAUAGGAUUUGGAUCAUCGAUGCCGAGGCUGAUGUUGGUCAAGCUCUUGAAGAAGGAAUCAAGAAUUGGUGGGUGGAUGGUCUGAGAGAUGCUAGGGUAAGAGAGCGACAUUGUAGGGAAUUGAGAUUGAAAGGUGCACCUUGGACCGCUCAUUCUACACAAUCGCUGAUCUCCGCCAGAUGUAUCCAUUUGACUAUCAUGAAACUUAUCACUCAUUGUGAAACAGGAUACGAUUUCGUAGGAUCGGUCGACAUGGCAGAUAAAGAAGAAGGUGAAAUGCCAGUCUGCUUUUAUAGGAAGAAGAAGGAUGACAGUAAAGGUCAUUCAAGAUGGAAAAUGCAGGAUUCCGAUGGUAACCAAUUAGGAUUGUCGGAAGUCAUCAAUUAG